UGUGCCCGCGAAAACACAGGUUCUUAGCCUCUCCGUGACUACGAGUGAGAAAGACCCAAUCCUCUAAACUCUCUCUCUCUCUCUCUCUCUCUCUCUCAUAUUUGUCAGCGUCAUCUGACCUACCCACGUAUUCGAUUGUGAAUGAAAACCUAGAAAUUAGUUAUCUGUCGGCCCAUGUUGCAAGGUCUCAUAGACGGCUGAGACACGCUUCGCCAUUGAGCCAGAGAGUUGCAAACUGCGGUCGAAUUUAGAGAAUUUAAGCGACUAUGGCGUCCCACCUAAUCCGUGAAUGGACUGGUAUACAACAUUUCCCUCCCGCCACACAGACUAAAUUGAUUGAAUUAUUGGGAGAAUUAAAGCAAGAGAAUGUGAGCACCUUGACAAUCCUUGUAAUGGGGAAAGGUGGUGUUGGAAAGUCCUCAACAGUGAACUCCAUCAUAGGAGAACGGGUUGUUGCGGUUAGUGCAUUCCAGUCAGAGGGAACAAGACCAGUAAUGGUUUCACGCUCUAGGGCAGGGUUUACAUUGAACAUCAUUGACACUCCGGGCCUUGUAGAAGGGGGAUAUGUCAAUGACCAAGCUCUUGAGAUCAUAAAACGGUUCCUUUUGAACAAGACAAUAGAUGUUCUGCUUUAUGUGGAUCGACUGGAUUCAUAUAGAGUGGGCAACUUGGACAGGCAGGUUAUUAAAGCUAUCACUGAUAGUUUUGGUAAAGGAAUAUGGAGUAGAGGCUUGAUUGUCCUCACGCAUGCUCAGCUCUCACCACCAGAUGGGAUAAAUUAUGAUGACUUCUUCUCCAGAAGAUCAGAAGCUCUUCUCAAAGUUGUUCGUUUGGGUGCUCGUAUUAAAAAACAAGAUGUCCAGGUACCAUAUUCUUAAUUUUCAUGACAUCAGUUCAUCAAUCUUCUUAUUUUUUUCCUUUUGCACAUACUGUUUUCCCUUGUGACAGCCGUGAUUUUAAGAUGUGAAGUUCUAUGAUCUUCUGUUUACUCUGUAAUGUGCAAACUUUGUCUCCACUGACCAGUCAUGUCUCUGAUGAAGCAACUAUUGGUUAGCUGAUGAAUAUCAAGCUAAAUAUCUUCUGAAUUUGGGAUCCAGAUUGAUGGCUUCUAAGACAGCUUUCAAGUUUCAAGUAAUAUGCCACCAAAUCUAGUUUUCCAUUAGAAACUAAUCUUCUUUGCUUCUUCCAACUUCCAGACUAGUACUGGCUAAGAAUUCAUGGAAGAAUUUAUAGCCUUAUGCUCACUUGUCCUGUGUCAAGGAUUAGCUGUGUUGAAGUGAAGCAACUACUAGCCUGCUAUCUUAGUUAGUCCAGGCAAAGUCUACAGGCCUGCUGUCUCACUUAGCUAAACGACCUCUUCACAUUUCUCUCAGAAAUCAAAGCCAUUUUUGUUAAUUGAGCCUUAUUCUUAGUAUGAGAAGCUAUAAAUCCAAGGUCAACACUAAUGCAUCUUACCCUCACAGGCUAUAAGCUGAUCAUUAAAAUCCUCAAUGGAUUCUUUAUCAGGGAAACCUUUUCUCUCUUUUUCAACAUAAAGUCAGGUUUUGGUGCCACUUAUUUUCAGAUUGCCUCAGCAACAUCUUCUGGCUUUAAAUUUCCUCCUUUUUUU